GACAGUUCUAUGUGGGGCAUCCUUUAUGUAUUGAGUUUUGUAAAAUCCUGGAAACUACUCAAUUUAUUUCGAUGAAAAGCAAUUUUAGCACUUUGAACAGCCAUUAAACAGGACAUACUACUCUCUGUGGGAGAAGAAAAACCGCCAGCGUUUCAAGUGAAGAGUUCUAAUGGUUGAAUUCAGCAAACUUUCACAUCAGCGGGAGACCCGACGCGACGUGAUGCCCCCUCCUCCUAGCUCCGCCUGCUGUUGGCUCCUCCUCCUUCUGACCUUGACUGCAGGGGCGGCGCUGGCAGCACGCGGAACUCCGCCCACAUCUUCCAAAGCUCCGCCUCCCGCCCGAUGUAACUACGCAGAACAUGCGUGCGCCAAUGGCAGAUGCGUUCCACUGCACAAGUACUGCGAUGGGCGGGACGAUUGCGGCGAUGGCAGUGAUGAGCCACGGUACUGCACUAAGUGCAACAGAACUUACUAUGGAGUUGUAGGAAGGACAUACGAUUUGGAGCUGCAUCGACCGAAGGAGGACAAAAUCCCGUUCGUCUGUCAUUUGACCUUCACUGCAGCCGGAGGACAAUUUGGAGACCUCAUUCAGGCGAUCUGUCACAUAAACAUGCUCCAAUUUCCCAAAAAUAUCGAGCCUUCGGACAGCAUAUCAGCGCGGACACAUCGCUAUUUCCUGACGAAUAUAUUUGAAUGGGCCCGCUCGUUCGCUUAUCACAACAACUGUCGACGCACUUCAACAAUUCCAGUCCGGAGAGCGACAUUGUUUACUGCUGUUUAUCUAGAUUGUGCAUCCAGAGAGAGCUAAAUCAUCAUUUGGCGUGCC